AUGAAGUUCCUUAAGGUCGGCCGAGUGGCCAUCAUCUCCCGCGGUCGCUACGCCGGGAAGAAAGUCGUCAUCAUCCAACCGCAAGACAACGGCAGCAAGAAGCAUCCCUUCCCCCACGCCAUUGUGGCCGGCAUCGAGCGCUACCCGCUGCAAGUCACCCGUCGCAUGUCGAAAGCGCGCUCCGCCAAGCGCAGCAAAGUGAAGCCUUUCAUCAAGGUCGUCAACUACAACCACAUCAUGCCCACGCGCUACACGCUGGAGUUGGAGGGUCUGAAGGGUGCGGUCACGAACGAGACGUUUGGCGAGGUGAGCCAGCGGGAGGAGGCGAAGAAGACGGUGAAGAAGACCUUGGAGGAGCGGUAUUUGAGUGGCAAGAACCGGUGGUUCUUCACGCCGUUACGUGAGUAUAUCCAGAAGUGGGUUUUGAGCGAUUUGUUGGGACGAGAGGAAGCAUGGGAAAGGGCAAUGCGGCGUUCAGUGUGA